AUGUUCAACGUGGAGUCGGCGGAGCGGGUGGAGCUGUGCGAGAGCCUUCUCACUUGGAUCCAGACAUUUAAUGUGGAUGCACCAUGCCAGACUGUGGAAGAUUUAACGAGUGGGGUUGUGAUGGCCCAGGUUCUUCAAAAAAUAGAUCCUGUAUAUUUUGAUGAAAAUUGGCUAAACAGAAUCAAAUCUGAAGUGGGAGAUAAUUGGAGGCUAAAGAUAAGCAAUCUAAAGAAAAUUUUAAAAGGAAUCUUGGAUUAUAAUCAUGAGAUUUUAGGGCAGCAAAUUAAUGACUUUACCCUUCCUGAUGUGAACCUUAUUGGGGAGCAUUCUGAUGCUGCAGAGCUUGGAAGGAUGCUUCAACUCAUUUUAGGCUGUGCUGUGAAUUGUGAACAGAAGCAAGAGUACAUCCAGGCCAUUAUGAUGAUGGAAGAAUCUGUUCAACAUGUUGUCAUGACAGCCAUUCAAGAGCUGAUGAGUAAAGAAUCUCCCGUCUCUGCUGGAAAUGAUGCCUAUGUUGACCUUGAUCGCCAGUUGAAGAAAACUACAGAGGAACUAAAUGAAGCUUUGUCAGCCAAGGAAGAAAUUGCUCAAAGAUGCCAUGAGUUGGAUAUGCAGGUUGCAGCAUUGCAAGAGGAGAAAAGCAGCCUGUUGGCAGAGAACCAGGUAUUAAUGGAAAGACUUAAUCAAUCUGAUUCUAUAGAAGAUCCUAACAGUCCAGCAGGAAGGAGGCAUCUGCAGCUCCAAACUCAAUUAGAACAGCUCCAAGAAGAAACAUUCAGACUAGAAGCAGCCAAAGAUGACUAUCGAAUACGCUGUGAAGAGUUAGAAAAGGAGAUCUCUGAACUUCGGCAACAGAAUGAUGAACUAACCACUUUGGCAGAUGAUGCUCAGUCUCUAAAAGAUGAAAUAGAUGUUCUUAGACAUUCUUCUGAUAAAGUGUCUAAACUAGAGGGCCAAGUGGAAUCAUAUAAAAAGAAGCUAGAAGACCUUGGUGAUUUGAGACGGCAGGUUAAACUCUUAGAAGAGAAGAAUACUAUGUAUAUGCAGAACACUGUCAGUCUAGAGGAAGAGUUGAGAAAAGCCAAUGCAGCUCGAAGUCAACUUGAGACCUAUAAGAGACAGGUAGUAGAACUGCAGAAUAGAUUAUCUGAAGAAUCGAAGAAAGCAGAUAAAUUAGAUUUUGAAUAUAAGCGGCUAAAAGAAAAAGUUGAUAGUCUUCAAAAAGAAAAGGAUAGGUUACGAACAGAAAGGGAUUCUCUGAAGGAAACCAUUGAAGAGCUUCGUUGUGUACAGGCUCAAGAAGGGCAGCUCACAACUCAAGGAUUAAUGCCUCUGGGAAGUCAGGAGUCUUCAGAUAGUCUGGCAGCAGAAAUUGUUACACCUGAAAUCAGGGAGAAACUUAUUCGUCUUCAGCAUGAAAAUAAGAUAUUAAAACUUAACCAAGAGGGUUCAGACAAUGAAAAAAUUGCCUUAUUGCAGAGCCUUCUGGAUGAUGCAAAUCUUCGCAAGAAUGAAUUGGAGACAGAGAAUAGGUUGGUGAAUCAAAGACUUCUGGAAGUACAGUCACAAGUUGAAGAAUUGCAAAAGUCUUUACAGGAUCAAGGAUCAAAAGCAGAAGAUUCAGUUCUUCUAAAAAAGAAACUUGAAGAACAUCUAGAGAAACUACAUGAAGCCAAUAAUGAACUGCAGAAGAAGAGAGCCAUUAUUGAAGAUCUCGAACCAAGAUUUAACAACAGCUCCUUAAAAAUUGAAGAGUUACAAGAAGCUUUACGGAAGAAAGAAGAGGAAAUGAAGCAAAUGGAAGAACGAUAUAAGAAAUAUUUAGAGAAAGCUAAAAGUGUUAUCCGUACUUUAGAUCCUAAACAAAAUCAAGGAGCAGCACCAGAAAUACAAGCUCUUAAAAAUCAGCUUCAAGAACGAGACCGAAUGUUCCAUUCAUUAGAGAAAGAAUAUGAGAAAACCAAGAGUCAAAGAGAGAUGGAAGAAAAAUAUAUUGUUAGUGCCUGGUACAAUAUGGGAAUGACCCUGCAUAAAAAGGCGGCUGAAGAUAGACUUGCUAGUACAGGUUCAGGGCAGUCAUUUCUGGCUAGGCAAAGACAAGCAACCAGCACAAGAAGAUCUUACCCAGGCCAUGUUCAACCAGCCACAGCAAGGUAG